AACAUAGGGACGGAGGCGGGCCGCCUGGCCAUUGAACCGAUGGCGGAGUCGGCGGCGGCUGGUCACCCGUACUGGCCGCGGGAGCUGCAGCUGCCCGGCUACCGGCGCAACGAGAGGCCGCUAUGGAGCCUGCUGUCCUUCGUGUUCGCCGGCUCGGGGCUGCUGCUGGCCGCCACCUGGCUGCUGACGGCGCGGGUCCGGACCCGGGCCGGGCGGCCGGGGGUGGCCCGCCGGCUCGCCGUCUGCUGGUUCGCUGUCUGCGCCUUCGUGCACGGCGUGAUCGAGGGCUGGUUCAGCCUGUACCACGGGCAGCUGGCCGGCGACCAGGCCUUCCUAUCGCAGCUCUGGAAGGAAUACGCCAAGAGUGACAGCAGGUAUAUCAGCGGUGACAACUUCACUGUUUGCAUGGAGACCAUAACAGCCUGGACCUGGGGGCCCCUCAGUAUCUGGACAGUUUAUGCCUUCCUUCACAAUAAGCCCUACCGAUUUGUCCUGCAACUUGUUGUCUCGCUGGGGCAGCUGUACGGCGACGUUCUCUACUUCUUCACGGAGUUCCGGGACGGCUUGCGCCACGGCAAUCCGGGACACCCCCUCUACUUCUGGUUCUACUUCGUCUUCCUGAACUCCCUGUGGAUUCUCAUCCCCGCCGCCCUGAUCCUCGACGCCUGGAGCCACCUCAGCACCGCGCAGUCUGCCGCGGACCGGGAGCGGCCCAAGGCCAAGAGCACGCUGCCUUGAUGCAAAAUAGGAGCGACUGAAAAUCUUACCAUAACGUGAGCUACAGAGUCCAAACCACGAACUCAGAAUGCCGGCUCCAGCCUCUGACAGGAGGGAGAACGAGAGAGAGAGAGGGAGGGAUAGGGAGACCACCAGUAUUGAAUAUUCAAAAAGUGAUUCUACAGUUUAGGAUGUGCUACCAUAAUAAACGCAUAAUUAUAGAGAUUAUAAACCUACAGCACAAUAAAGGCCCUUCGGCCCACAAUGCUGUGCCGAACAUGUCCUUACCUUACAAAUUACCUAGGGUUACCCAUACCCACUAUUUUUCUGAGCUCCAUGUACCUGUCCAGGAGUCUCUUAAAAGACCCUAUCGUUUCCGCCUCCACCACUGUCACCGGCAGCCCACUCCACGCACUCACCACUCUCUGCGUAAAAAAACUUACCCCUGACAUUUCCUCUGUACCUGCUUCCAAGCACCUUAAACCUGUGCCCUCUCAUGUUAGCCAUUUCAGCCCUGGGGAAAAAAGCCCCUGACUAUCCACAUGAUCAAUGCCUCUGAUCAUCUUAUACACCUCUGUCAGGUCACCUCUCAUCCUCCGUCGCUCCAAGGAGAAAAGGCCGAGUUCACCCAACCUAUUCUCAUAAGGCACGCUCCCCAAUCCAGGCAACAUCCUUGUAAAUCUCCUCUGCACCCUUUCUAUGGUUUCCACAUCCUUCCUGUAGUGAGGUGACCAGAACUGAGCACAGUUCUCCAAGUGGGGUCUGACUAGGGUCCUAUAUAGCUGUAAAAUUACCUCUCUGCUCCAGAACUCAAUCCCACGAUUGAUGAAGGCCAAUGCAUAUAAUCAGAGUCAAGCUGCGCUGCUGCUUUGAGCGUCCUAUGGACUCGGACACCAAGAUCCCUCUGAUCCUCCACACUGCCAAAAGUCAUACCAUUAAUACUAUAUUCUGCCAUCAUAUUUGACCUACCAAAAUGGACCACUUCACACUGACUUGGGUUGAACUCCAUCUGCCACUUCUCAGCCCAGUUUUGCAUCCUAUCGAUGUCCCACUGACAGCCCUCCACACUAUUCACAACACCCCCAACCUUUGUGUCAUCAGCAAACUUACUAACCCAUCCCUCCACCUCCUCCAUCCAGGUCAUUUAUAAAAAUCACGAAGAGUAGGGGUUCCUGAACAAAUUUACAUGAAUAUAUUCCAAAUUUGGCUGGUGGGGUGGAGGUGCAUCUCUACCAAGGGAGGUGUGAGGCGCUCCUUCCCUCUGCUAGUCUGCAGGUCACCCUGGGGCAAGGUGUCGCACCUGCUUGGCCCCUGAUCGGGGUCACGUGAAGCCAUGGGAUCAGGUAGUGGAUGGUCACACAAGCAGCCGGUGCAGAUCACAAGUCCUGGUUAUGCGAACACUGACGUCGGGCAGACAAUCUCUGAAGAGUAUUGAUAACGGCUGCGGUCACCCGUCUGGUAAAGACACUGUGAGGGAGGUCUUAUUAGAAUGCAGGUGGGGGACCAUGAUUGCCUGCAGCACACGAUGAUAUUGCAAACGUUAAAGUGAGUGAUUACCAGAAUUGAAGCUGUUGUUAAUUGUUUAUUGUUAUCUUUGUGUUGAAGCAUAAAAUGUCGUGUCAGAGUGAGAUUCUCCGAGACGCUCCCUGGCAGUUCAAACUUGUUUAAUGUCACUUGGGUUCUCUGUGUGAAUAAAGACUUUUAUAUUUCCCA